AUGUGGUUUAGGUUUCUUCCAUACACUAUAGACUUCAAAGUGACAGAGAGCCAACAAAGAGCAGAUGAUUCGUCAGUUAGCAAUGCAAAUGUUGAUGGAUCAGGAUCUAUCGUUGGCCGGGCCCCGCCCUCUUCUUGUCGAAAUCAUCCUCUGGGCUGCAUCCCUUUGACACCCGGGGCCACAACCGAAAAUGAGACGGUCUUCCAAGGAUAUACCUGGAGUCUGGCAGAUGAGAUUCCAAUUGCCAAUGACCGACUGUGCCACGGCCCCAGCGAGCCUCGUGCUAUUACUUGGGGCCGUAGUCGCAGGUUUAAUCAGCCCCGAUCCAAGGCGACCGGCCCUCCAACCCCAUCCAUUUUGAGCAACCGCGAACCACCGGGACAGAGAAGACACCUAUCCUUGGAUGGCUCCCAGGACAGAUGGGACAACGGAGACUCCAGCAGCCCAACUUCGCCGCUCUCCGCUACUGAGUGGGUAGUCAAGGCCGCUGAACAAGGCCACGGUGGUCUACAAAAUGCCAUCCAUGCCGCUGAAACUGCAGGCUUGCUUGAUAGUAAGAUGUGGGUGGGCACGCUGGGUAUGCCCACUGAUUCAUUGACAGAUCCCACGAAGGGGGAUAUUGCUAAGACACUCCGGGAUGACUAUGAGUCUUUGACUGUGUUUGUGAGUGACAGCGAGUUUGAGGGUCAUUAUACUCACUUCUGCCGCGCCGUACUUUGGCCAGCUUUCCAUUACCAGAUGCAAGAGAGCCCUCGGCGUACUGAAUAUGAUGGUUACUCUUGGGGUCAAUACCUCAAGCUCAACCAGGCGUUUGCCGAGACAAUCACCAAGCACUGGACGCCAGGUGACCGAAUCUGGGUCCAUGACUAUCACCUUCUUAUUCUUCCUUCCCUACUGAGGGAGAGACUACCCCAGGCUGAGAUUGGAUUUUUCUUGCACACCCCGUUCCCGUCCUCUGAGAUCUUCCGCUGUUUAGCUCAGCGUGAAAAUCUGCUAGAUGGGCUUCUAGGUGCCGACGUGGUAGGAUUCCAGACAGAGGAAUACUCCAGCCACUUUAUGCACUCCUGCAGUCGGUUGCGGAGACUGGAGGUCUCUACUAAUCAAGUUCGUUUCAACGACCGUCUUGUGACCGUUGUGAACUCUCCAUUGGGAACUGACUCUCUCUCACUAUACAACUUACGCCAAUCUCCCGAGGUGAAAGGUUGGAUAUACAGUUUCCAACAAAGAUACCAUGGAAAACACCUGAUUGUAGCGCGUGAUCGAUUGGAUGUACCCGGAGGGAUCAAGCACAAGCUCCUGGCAUAUGAACUUUUCUUGAAAAGCUACCCGGCAUGGAGAGAGCAGGUGGUUCUAGUCCAAGUGAUGUCCUCGGUAUCUGGCACCCCAGAACUAGGGGCACAGGUGGCCAAAAUUGCAAUGAGAAUCAAUACGACAUAUGCAACCGUAACACACCAGCCCUUGGUGCUAGUCCAGCAAGAUAUCUGCCACUUGCAGUUCAUCGCCCUACUCAGCGUUGCGGACAUUUUGAUGGCCACCAAUCUGCGGGAGGGCAUGAACCUGACCAGCCAUGAUUUCAUUGAAUGUCAAGACGGGAGCCUCACAUCUCACCAACACGGAUCUUUGAUUCUGAGUGAAUUCAUCGGUAGUGCUUCCAUUUUCCGGGGUCAUAAUCUUCUCGUCAAUCCGUGGGACUACAAACAAUGUGCAGAUACAAUCAAGAUCGCUCUUGAGCUGUCGCCAGCGGAGAAAAAGUCCAACUGGGACUUUUUGUACAAUUGCAAACUGCCCUAUAAUGUUCUCGAAUGGUGCAAAGGCUUACAGUACGCCCUUACGAAAGCCCAUGACGAGCAACGGGUUCGUCAGGCACACUAUAUCCGUUUGCUGUCAAUUCAUGACCUGAAGCAGGCGUACAACGCCGCCAGGACUCGGAUCUUCUUCUUGAAUGAUGUGGCAACUUUUGGGCCAGCUUUCGGAACAGAGCAAUCUCCCCUCCCAACAAAGGAGGCCUUUGCAUCUCUAUACGCUCUCAUCAGCGAUCCCAACAACAUUAUUUACAUACUCAGCAGCCGAAGCGCAGAGCAGCUCCGAGAAGCUCUCCAAAAACUGCCAUGCGAGCUAGGGUUUAUCGUUGAGAACGGUUGUUUCCUACAAGAACCGGAGUCAAAUUCAUGGAUCCCAUUCGUACCUAGAAGCACCAUGACAUGGCGUCCUGGUGUCCAAAAGAUGAUGGAAUACUUCCAGGAGCGAACCGAAGGCAGCCGAAUCGAAGAACGUCGAUGCUCCCUGACAUUCCAUUACGACGAAGCCCUAGACCCCGAAGUGGCAGCCCGCCGGGCCUCGGAGUUAGCAGAUCAGAUUAACGGUACCCGUGGACGUACACUCUGCCAUGUUAUCCGCGAGUCGACUUCUGUGAAGGUCGAGCCACCGCACAUCGCCGUCGGUAUUGGGAGAGCUGCCAUGUAUGUUCUGGACCAUCUUCCGAACGCCCGAUAUCCCGAGUUUAUACUCGCGGCUGGAAGCUCUCGUAGCGAUGAAGCACUCUUUCAAUGGGCGCAUGAAUUGGCUACUGCUCCUCUUGCACCUCGUUUUGAGAUGUGUGGGUUUGGGAGAAAACUGCAUGUUGCCACUGUGACGACUGGGACGCAUUGCAGUGAGGCGAAGUCGGUUUUACCGCCUCGUUGCUCGCUCUUGCAUGUCUUAGAUGUACUGUCAGGGAACGCUAGCCGGGGGGAAUGA